AGGAAGAAGAAGAAGAAGAAGAGAAAAGAGGGAAAGAUAAGGAAAGGAGAAGAGAAUUGGAGGAAAUAAGUUUAAAGAAGGAUGGGGGUAUGGAUCAUCCUCAUAAGUUGACAAAUCAUCCAUCCCUGGCAGAGCGUGAUGCACAGAACAAGGAAGCUAGGCAACAGAGGGUUCUGCAGCUCAGGAAAAUGCCUGAUCUUCUUGUACAUGCAUCACAAUGCCGUUCUCCACAUUGCCAAUAUCCUAAUUGUCGCAAGGUGAAAGGUCUUUUCCGGCAUGGGAUACAGUGCAAAACUCGUGCAUCUGGAGGCUGUGUCCUGCGUAAAAAGAUGUGGUAUCUCCUUCAACUUCAUGCUCGGGCAUGUAAAGAAUCAGAAUGCCAUGUUCCACGCUGCAGGGACUUGAAAGAACAUUUGAGGAGACUUCAGCAGCAGUCUGAUUCACGACGAAGGGCUGCUGUGAUUGUUGAUGAAAUGUCUUAAAAAGCUGCAGAAGACCAGGAAGCUGUGCUGUUGCCUAUUGAAUGUAUUUCGUCAAUGAAGAUCUCUGCUGAAGACCAAGAUUUUAGGAAUAAAUCAUUGAUCAUAUCUGAUCUGUUGUUCUGCAAUGUUUUUGAAUUUUGAAUUGUCUUUGUUUCCAAGUAAAACUCUAACUCUAUUUAAAGAGUAUUUUAAGAUUAAUAAUAUUAUUCUUCUACAAA